AUGGCCCUGGUUCUGCUGCUGCUACUGCCUUACGCAGACUGCGUGAUUCAAAAGACAAGGUGCCCUCUUACUCUGAAAAGGGAUGGAAUAGACUCAGCUAAUUAUUACAGGCCAGGAGACCACCUCAUCAGCGGGGUCAUCUCUGCCACAAAUACUUUAUUUCGAGCUCAUAGCUUCAACAGCACUCCCUCUACCAGCUUUCUUUGGAAAGGAACCACAAAAUACUGGCAGCUCUUGUCCUUUGUGUUUUCCAUCCAAGAGAUCAAUCGGAAUCCCAAGCUCUUACCCAACAUCACCCUGGGCUAUAGCAUCCAUGAGAACUUUUUUGAUGGAAGGGUGACCUAUGAUGCUUUGCUGGACCUGCUAUCUCCUGGGCAGGCAAAUAUUCCAAACUACAACUGUGGUAGACAGACUAAUGUAUUCACUGUUUUGGAAGGGGCUGGCUCUCAAAACUCCAUCUGGAUUUCAAGCUUGCUGGGCACGUAUAAAAUCCCACAGGUCAGUUAUGCUUUUGUCUCUAAUGUUCUAAAUGAUAAGAAGCAGUAUCCUUUUUUCUACCGGAUGGUCCCCAAAGAAGAAGCCCAGUACCCAGGGAUUGUCAAGCUGCUCCAUCACUUCAGAUGGACAUUGAUUGGUCUCAUUGCUCCAGACACUGACGAUGGAGAGAGGUUCAUGAAGACCUUGACACCUGUGCUCACCCGAAGUGAUGUUUGUGUUGUCAUCUCACUAACCAUCCAAGGACUGAAUACAAAUACAAUACGGACGGAUUUGCUUCCAUUCCUCAAGUGGAGACAAGUCCAUGUAUUUGUUUACUAUGCAGAGAUGACUUAUUUCUUAGAUGGAAUGCUAAUUGUACAAAAUGCUCUUGAGAUGAAAUCCCUUGUUGGGAAAAUCUGGAUCACAACAGCUAUGUGGGACGUCUCCUUGGAGUUGAUGUACAGUGGCUUAUCUUCCCAACAAAUCCGUGGUAUUUUUUCCUUCUUUAUUGAGACAAAUGAAAGGACCAAAUAUGAUGACUUUGAGCCCUUUUUCUUUGCUAUCAAGCAGUUUUGGGACAAAUCUUUUCAUUGUUCCUAUUUAAAGGAUGCGUUGUCAGUGAAAGGCUGGACAAGAUGCAGAGAGAGAGAGAAACCGGAAGUGCUGCUGCUCCAAGAUGAUCUGCAAAGAAGCCUUUCUCUGGACUGCCACAGAAUCUACAAUGCUGUCCAAACCAUGGCACAUGCCCUAAAUGCUGCAUAUUCAUCUAGAUCUAAGCAAAGGGUGAGGGAGAGACUGGAAGCUCAAAGGCUACAGCCAUGGCAGCUCCAUCCUUUCCUAGGAAAUUCCCAGUUCUACAAUGCUUCCAUGGACUUAGUGUAUUUGGACGAGAACGGGGAGCUGGUAGCUGACCUGGACAUUGUGAACUGGGUGGUGUUCCCCAAUAGGUCCGUACUCAGAGUGAAGUUUGGGAGUAUUGACAGACAGGGUUCGCCAGACCUGAAGUGCACCAUCGACCAGGAUGCCAUUGUGUGGCCAAAGUGGUUCAAUCAGACACUUCCUACUUCCAGGUGUGUGGGAAGUUGUGAACCUGGAUUUGUCAAAGUGAUUCAGGAAGGAAAACCAAUCUGCUGCUAUGACUGCAUUCCCUGUGCAAAAGGGACGAUCUCCACUCAGGAAGAUGCAGAGCAUUGCACCAAGUGUCUAGAAGAUCACCAUCCAAACAAGGCCCAGUAUAAAUGUGUACCCAAGAUAACCGUCUUCCUCGCUUAUGGAGAAUAUUUAGGGAUCCUCCUAACUUCCUUUGCCCUCUUAUUGUCCUUAACCACAGUGAUUGUGCUAGGAAUCUUCAUCAAAUACUUUGACACUCCCAUAGUCAAAGCCAACAACAGGAACAUCUCCUACAUCCUCCUUGUAUCCCUCCUGCUUUCCUUUCUGUCCUCCUUCCUCUUCAUAGGCCAGCCAAGGAAAAUGACCUGCUUUCUCCGACAAGCAGUCUUCAGCAUCAUCUUCUCAGCUGCUGUCUCUUCUGUGUUGGCUAAAACCAUCACUGUGGUGCUGGCCUUCCUGGCCACUAAGCCAGGGAACAGGAUGAGGAGAUGGCUGGGAAAGCGUUUGGCCAACUCCAUUGUCAUUUCUUGUUCCACUGUCCAAGUUGCUAUCUGCACCUUUUGGUUGGGACUUUCUCCACCGUUCCCAGAGUCUGACCUGCACUCCCACGCUGGAGAGAUUGUCUUGCAAUGCAAUGAAGGAUCCAUUGCCCUGUUCUAUAGUUCCCUCUGCUACAUGGGUUUCUUGGCUGCCAUCUGCUUCACAGUGGCUUUCCUAGCCAGGAAGCUGCCUGGGUCCUUCAAUGAAGCCAAGUUGAUCACCUUCAGCAUGCUGGUCUUCUGCAGUGUUUGGGUGUCCUUUGUGCCCACUUACCUGAGCACCAAGGGGAAGUACAUGGUAGCUGUGCAGGUCUUCUCCAUCUUGGCCUCCAGUGCUGGGCUUCUGGGCUGCAUCUUCUUUCCCAAGUGCUACAUUAUUCUACACAGGCCUGAUCUGAAUACAAAGGAGCAACGAAAACUAAAGAAGGCAUAUGAUUUUUAA